GGAAACCAGACCAUUGAUAUAUUAAGAUAUAAAUAAAAGAAUGUUUUGAAUUAGUAUAUAAGAUCAACUUUCGAGCAAUUUGUUGUACGAACUGGCCUUUUUUAUUCUGCUUUUCGUUUAAGAUGUUUAUAUUGCUUCGAUACAUUGAUUCGAUACUUAAAUUGUUUUGGAUACUUGCGUCCCUUUGGAUAUUUCUGCGUGUCGUACACAAAUUUUGUCUGAAGAAAUUUAAAUCCAACAAAAAUGUUUGUGUGCUGGUGCCCAACGACAUCGGCAGAAGCCCGCGAAUGCAAUAUCACGCAAUCUCUUUCGCCAGGGUAGGCUUUACUGUAGACGUUGUAGGUUACCCUGGUUCAUCACCAAUGAAGGAAGUUGUCGAGAGUCCGCGUAUACAGGUUCACUACCUGCGACCGCCUCCGGAAUUGCGAAACAGAUUACCACUUUUCUUACGUUACGUAGUAAAAGUGAUAUGGCAAACUGUUGAUCUCUUAUGGUCAUUACUUUUCAAACGAAUACCAAAUACAUUAAUAAUUCAAAAUCCCCCUGCGAUACCAACGAUUCCAGUAUGUUGGUUUUACUGCGUUCUGAUGGAAACGCAAUUCAUCAUCGAUUGGCACAAUUAUGCAUAUUCUCUGAUGAGCUUAGGAGAGGAUCAUAUUCUGUUUAAACUGGCCAAACAUAUUGAGAUAACAUUUGGACGCAGAGCAACAAAUAAUUUCUGUGUCACUAGAGCGAUGAAGAAUGAUCUAAUAAGAUGGCACAUUUACUCUAAGGUCAUAUAUGACGAACCAGCCGAUGACUUCCGUCCAAUCUCGUUGAAAGAGAAAAAUGAGUUUUUGUGCAAGUUAGCAGAAAAGUACGCUCUAUCUAUAUCUGAUUCACUCAGAAGAUCCGGAUUUAUUGUGUCCAGCACUAGCUGGACGAAAGAUGAAGAUUUUUUACUUCUGUUUAAUGCAUUGCAAGAGUAUGAAAACGCGUGUGAUAACGAAGAGUUGAAUCUACCUGAUUUAAUUUGCGUGAUAACGGGUAAAGGACCGUUGCGAGAUUUCUACAUGGCCAUCGUUGCCUCGAAAAAAUGGAAACAUGUUCAAGUAAGAACAUUAUGGCUUGAAAAUGAAGAUUAUCCGAAAAUACUAGCUACUGCAGACUUAGGCAUAUGCCUUCAUACGUCAUCCAGUGGAUUGGAUUUACCAAUGAAAAUUGUGAAUAUGUUUGGUUGUGGCUUGCCAGUUUGCGCGUACAAUUUUUAUUGCUUGUCAGAGUUGGUGAGGCACAACGAGAACGGCUUGGUAUUCGCGAGCGAGAACGAGUUGGCUCAACAAUUGAAAAUGUGGUUUCACGAUUUCCCAAAUAACGACGCACAACAACAGUUACGUGAGAAGUUUCAAAAGAACAUGUUUACAUCCCUGGUACAGCGCAAUGCUUGGUGCAACGCUGUGACCACCGGAGAGGAGUUGAACGAUCGGCCGAUCAUCGGCAUUCUGACGCAAGAAAUAGAUUACAAUUUAAAUAAGAAGUAUCCCGAUCAGUAUCAUAGCUACAUCGCUGCGUCAUACGUCAAAUUCGUCGAAGGUGCUGGUGCGCGACCCGUCCCGAUUUGGAUUGGCGCAAACGAUUCAUAUUACGAAGAUAUUUUGAGUAAAAUUAACGGAGUACUGUGGCCGGGAGGUGCGACAUAUUUCUAUCCGAAUGAAGGAUACGCUGAUGCAGGCGCUGCGAUUUACAGAAUCGCGAAGACAAUCAACAAGAGAGGCGAGCACUUUCCCAUACUCGGCAUCUGCCUCGGUUUCGAACUGCUGACGUACGUCGCGGCGAAUCGUGUCGAGCACAGAUCGAAUUGUUCCAGCCAAAAUCAGCCCCUUCCGCUGGAAUUCAAACCGGACUUCAGGAAAAGCAAUUUGUUUAAGAAUGCUCCGUGGGAUGUCGUGGAAAUCCUACAAGAAGAGAAUGUCACGGCAAAUUAUCAUCGCUACUGUGUUACGGAAGAGGAUUUGCACCGUGUCAAUUUAAGUGAUAAGUUUCGUGUGAUGUCACUGAAUCGCGAUACAAAAGGCUUAGAGUUCAUCUCUACAUUGGAGCACAAAAACUACCCGUUCUACGGAAUACAGUUUCACCCAGAGAAAAACUUGUACGAGUGGGUGACUGGGAAAAAUAUUCCCCAUGGACGUAAUGCCGCUCGAAUAUCUCAAUACUUCGCAAAUUUUUUUGUUAAUGAGGCACGCAAGAACUUACGCAGAUUCGCGUCGAAGCAGGAGGAGGAACGGAGCUUGAUCUACAACUAUCCCAUCACUUACACAGCUCUGCAGAAUUCCACUUAUCUGCAAUGUUACAUGUUUAAGAAAAGCGACCGUAACGGCCUCACUAUGGACAACGCUGUGUAAGGCUUAGAUACAAAAUAAUUCUGGAAACGCGUUCGUCGAGAACUCUCAUCCUUGGGAUGAUCAUUGGCGCGCGCAAAGACGAAUAGAUAAAACUGAUUAGGCGAAGAGAAUGGCUGUCAAUUCGAUUUUAUGGAAUAUCGCCAAUUAUCGUCGUUAAUACGAUCGUCGAGAGACGGCACUGGGGAACACACAAACGAAGAAAGACUGAUUACGCGGGGUUUCCACAUUUAACAUAACACCAGUGUAUAUUGUGUCACAACUGGGAUACAUAAUAUUACAAUGGUGCAUAAUAAAAUUCUAUACAUAUUUUCGUUCUAUCUAAAG